GAAAAUAUUCGAAUUCAAUUCAUCCGGCUCUUCAAUGAGAAGACAUCACUCGUUUUCGUCUUUCUCUUGUUUCCUAUCUUCUAUCUCAUCCUUCUACAGUCUUCGACCUGAUUGAACAGGGUGGUCGGAAUCGAUAUCUGGUUAUAUCAAAAUGCCUUCCCCUAUGAUGAAAGCCACGUUGGCUGCCGCUGGUCUGUCCAGCGCAUCCAACAUUCUCGCUCAAUUCCUCGAAGCCUACCGAGACAGUAGCCCGUUCGUUUUUGAUUUCGCCAAAUUCCUUCAAUUUGUCACCGUUACCUUCAUUACAGCACCUCCUAACUAUAUGUGGCAACAAUUGCUCGAGCGCAACUUUCCCGCUUACGAACGAAAGGAGCCGGUCGGGGACGUUGAAAAACAGACCGCACGCGACGAGGAUGGGGGAGUCCGAGGAGACUUGGAACAGAAGCCGAAGCUGAAUUGGCGAAACACAUUCACAAAGUGGUUUAUCGAUUGUAUCACACUCGGUGCCAUUAUGAAUACGGUCGCAUUCUUCAUACUCAUGGGCAUCCUGAAAAGAGAGUCCAUGGACCAAAUCAGAUACAACGUUAGAACCGAGACGAUUCCCGUCAUUGUUGCCGGAUACAAGAUUUGGCCGUUCGCAUCGAUCAUCAGCUUUAGUUGCGUGCCGGUGGAGCGACGGAUCGUCUUCCUCAAUUUUGUGGGACUACUGUGGGGGAUUUACAUGAGUCUCGUCGCCUCCAGAGUUUAGACGUGAUAGUCGAUCACGAUCGGCAUUAUCGACAGAUUCGACACAUGGAAUCCAUGCGAAAUCGUACUGAUGUAUCUUGAUCAGUGCGCAUCCCGAAUAUACGAGUAUGACUGCGAAGGAAAUGGAUUACGUGUAACUUAUGUACCAACUAAUCGACGUUGUAAAUACCAACAUGCGCCCGUAUCUCGGGUCCGGGCAUGCGUGACGUACGGAAGUGACCCUUCGUCUCAUCACUCGCAGCGAGUAGCC